CUGUCUUCGUUCCUUAGUCUUCUUCCUCUGUUUCUUCACUCUCGCACUUACACCUUCCAAUUCGAUUCCAAUGAAAUCUAGGGUUCUGCUUUGAUCCUCUCACACACUCUCUCUGCUUCUCGCACUCAUCAAUCAAUGGCUUCCUCUUCCUCUCUACUCUUACUCCAGCUCAAAUGUCUUGCUCCGCAAAUCACCACCAAACGACGCCGUUCUCUCUCCAGAUUUCACUCUCGCACUUCCGUUCGGAGCUCCAGGCGCAAUGCUGCUAUCCGCGCCGUCAAGGAAGAAGGUGCCGUCAUUGACAGAGUGAAUGACGUGGAGUGGAGUGGGAACGGAGUUGCUACGAGCGGACGUGGUGGUAACGGCGCCGUUAAUGGUUACGUGAAUGGCGUCUCCGGCGUUAGGGAGAGUGAGAGUGCGAAUGGUAGCUUGGUGAAGUACGUGAAUGGCAAUGGCAAUGGCAAUGGCAAUGGUGUGGCGGCGGAAGUGCUGGUGGAAGAUUUUAUGGGAGCGUCGAAACGGAGAGAGGAUGGACGGAAGAGGAGGUUGGAGGAGAUUGGUAAAGAGGACGCGUGGUUCAAAAAACAAAGUGCGGAAGCACCGAUUGAGGUGGCGGUUGCUCCUGGAGGUCGAUGGAGCAGGUUCAAGACUUAUUCGAUGAUCCAGAGGACGUUGGAGAUCUGGGGAUUUGUUAUAACUUUUAUUUUCAAGUCUUGGCUAAAUAAUCGGAAGUUCUCUUAUAAAGGAGGAAUGACAGAGGAAAAGAAAAUCUUAAGGCGAAAGACCCUUGCCAAGUGGCUGAAGGAGAGCAUUCUGAGAUUAGGUCCUACGUUUAUCAAAGUUGGCCAGCAAUUCUCCACAAGAGUGGACAUUCUUCCCCAGGAAUAUGUUGACCAGUUGUCUGAACUUCAGGAUCAAGUUCCUCCAUUUCCCUCAGAGACUGCUAUAGCUAUUGUUGAAGAAGAACUUGGAUCUCCUUUAGCUAGCAUCUUUGAUCAUUUUGACUAUGAACCAAUAGCUGCUGCAAGUCUUGGUCAGGUUCACCGUGCAAGAUUAAGUGGGCAGGAGGUUGUUGUUAAAGUGCAAAGGCCUGGUCUCAAAGAUCUUUUUGAUAUUGAUCUUAAAAAUCUGAGGGUCAUUGCGGAAUAUCUUCAAAAAAUUGAUCCUAAAUCAGAUGGUGCAAAGAGGGAUUGGGUUGCUAUUUAUGACGAGUGUGCCUCUGUUUUAUAUCAGGAGAUUGAUUACACCAAGGAAGCUGCUAAUGCUGAACUAUUUGCGAGCAACUUUAAGCAAUUGGAUUAUGUGAAAGUCCCUACAAUCUACUGGGAUUAUACCACGCCACAGAUUCUGACAAUGGAGUAUGUUCCCGGGAUUAAAAUAAAUAAAAUACAAGCUUUAGAUCAACUGGGUGUUGAUCGGAAAAGGUUAGGGCGAUAUGCAGUGGAGUCUUACUUGGAGCAGAUUUUAUCACAUGGUUUCUUCCAUGCUGACCCUCAUCCCGGAAAUAUUGCAGUUGAUGAUGUCAAUGGUGGAAGAUUGAUCUUUUAUGAUUUCGGAAUGAUGGGAAGUAUCAGUCAGAAUAUUCGAGAAGGUUUACUCGAAGCUUUUUAUGGAAUUUAUGAGAAGAAUCCAGAAAAGGUCCUUCAAUCAAUGAUUCAAAUGGGUGUUCUUGUCCCAACUGGAGAUAUGACUGCUGUUAGACGAACAGCUCAGUUCUUCCUUAAUAGUUUUGAAGAGCGUUUGGCUGCACAAAAGAGAGAGAGAGAGAUGGCAACGGCUGAACUUGGAUUCAAAAAGCCAUUAAGCAAAGAGGAAAAAGUAAUGAAGAAGAAAGAACGUCUGGCUGCUAUUGGUGAGGACUUAUUAGCCAUUGCAGCAGACCAGCCCUUUCGGUUUCCUGCUACAUUCACAUUUGUUGUUAGAGCAUUCUCAGUGUUGGACGGCAUUGGAAAGGGCCUCGAUCCUCGUUUUGAUAUUACAGAGAUUGCCAGACCUUAUGCUCUGGAGUUGUUAAAAUUCCGUGAGGCAGGAGUUGAAGUUAUCCUAAAGGACUUGAGAAAGAAAUGGGACAGACAAUCUCAAGCAUUUUACAAUUUAUUUAGACAGGCUGAUAGGGUUGAAAAGCUUGCUGAAAUCAUCCAAAGAUUGGAGCAAGGUGACCUAAAACUCCGAGUCCGAGCAUUGGAAUCUGAGAGGGCAUUCCAGCGUAUUGCCACUGUCCAGAAGACAAUAGGGAAUGCAAUAGCUGCUGGGAGCCUAAUAAAUCUUGCAACAAUUCUGUAUCUGAACUCAAUUAGGGUGCCUGCCACCAUAGCAUAUGUGUUCUGUGCAAUCUUUGGUUUUCAAGUGCUCUUUGGCAUUGUGAAGAUCAAGAAACUAGAUGAACGGGAAAGGCUGGUUACAGGGACUGCCUAAGCAACUACUCGAUUUAGGAUGGACGUGUAUCUUUCGUUACGGUCAUGAUAACAAAAUACAAGCCAACCUUCGGGUCACAAAAUUGAUUUGAAGCUCAAACUAAGAGUUAACAUCUUGAAAUACAUCAGCACGUGCCACGGCUGGCAGGCAUGCUGACGUGAUUGGGCCAAGGUAACCAAUUGGCGAGCCACAUUUUUGUCAUUAACACACCCUCCAUGGGACCUCGUUGCUAAAUUACUAGUGUUUUUUUCUUACCUCAUUCAUAUUGUAAAUUUUAUAGGCAUUGGUGUAGCGUUUAUUAUUGUAAUCACCAUAUAGUAUGGUGGAGCUUCCGACAUAGUUUGACGGCGGGAAGCUCCACUUGUAACUGACGUACAUAAAUUUGUCCAAUGAAGAUACAAAUGUAAGUAUUUGUCAUAGAUAUGACGUUUGUCUAAUUAGGUUCGUGAUUGUGCAAUCACAUCAAUGAUUUUCUUCUGUACUCUCUUCCCCGAUGUGUUCUACUCUAGAUAACGAUGUAAUGCACCAA